CGAUCGUCGAUUCUUUUUUUUUUUUUAAUUCUUCUUAUUUUCUCUCUCGGUAAUCUUACGUUCCCCGGAGAUUUUUAUUUACUCUUCUUCCGAUUUUUUCGCAUUUAUUUCCGCCGAAUUUUCCGGUGAAGCCUUGCCGUGUUUUUGACGGGCAUCGGGAGGCUUUUGAUUUUCCCCCUUUUUGUUUUUCUUCCUUCCAAUUCUCGUUCGCUUUUGAUUUUUUUAUUUUUUAUAGUAAGAAAUUGAACCACCGAUCUGAUGGAAGUGUUCAUUUAUUUAAUUACUUUCCAUUGAUGAACAAAUCCGCAAAGGAAACUGGGAUCUGAAAUUGUUGAAUUCCCGAAGAUUUAAAUCUGACUAUUAAUUUUUUUUGUUUGUUUCAAUUAGGAAAUUUCGUGUUUUAAUCUAUGUGAUGAGUUCAGUUUCAUUAGAUUACAUCAUAAAACAGUAUUAAUGGAUUUGAAAUUUUCUUUUCUCUUUUGAAGUUGUGAAAUUCGUGUAGUAAAAGUCAAUUUGUGUUUGGUCAUUGUCAUCAUAAUGGUGACAUUAUUAUUAUUAUUAAUGGAAAUUGAUGGUUUUUUUAAAAAAGUGUUUAUUUAUUGUGAACAGGUUGAAGAAGAAGAAGAAGAUAAAAGCAUCGAUCCAGCAUGGCUGAAUGAUUAGAGUUUUCUCCGGGGGUUCGGAGGAGUUUUUUUAAGGAAGGAAACCAAAAAAAAAAAAGAAGAAGAAGAAGAUGGCAGUCUCGUUUCCUCGUCUUCCGAGGUGGUUGUGUGGUGGUAAUAACACUAAAGAUAGAGAGAAGAAAGAUUCGAUCACUAAAGGAUCUUCUUCUUCUUCUUCACUGAGUCCUUCACUCAAGAAGGCUAUUAAUAAGUCUGGUUCUUCUUCCUCUUCAUCGGUGAAGAAGACCAAGAGAGGAGGAUGGAUUGGAAGAGGUGGGUCAGGAUCAGGAUCAGGAGAAGAGGAUAAGAUGGGGAAUGUUGUGUUUCCUGAGCCUGAUGAUCCUGAGUGGUCUAUUGGUUGGGUUGAGCCACAUGGACCAGGUUUUAAAACUGAAGAUGAUGAUUGUGGUGGCUUUGUUGUUUUGGUUCCUCUUUACAAGAAAGUUAUCGAUGGUUCAGGGAAUCACAUCUCUAAUGGGUUCUUCUCUCCUACUCCUGAUGGGAAGAACAUGGAACAGUGGCUGUCGUCUAUGGGGAAGCUAUAAACUCGAAGUUUGGGAAGAAUAAGACUAUUAUUUCUCUGUUGUUUCAGUAUCAAAAUUCGAAUAAUCUAGAAAAGAAAAAAAAGAAAAAGAAGAAGCAAGAUUCGUGGAUAGCUUCUGGAGACUUCUUUUGUUUCUCUGUUUGAAGCCAGUGACAACAAAAACACCAAGUCAUCUCUCUCAAGAAUCUACUAAUGGACAAAA